AUGGCUGCUGAUGAUCAUAUUCUCCUCGACGAUGAGACUGACGCUCUCCUUGGGACGGAAUCGCCCCUGCCAACAGUCCGCCCUCGGAAAACUAGGGAAAAACCUGUCGUUUUCGUAUUUCUCUGUGUCCUAAUAGUAUUCUGUAUUGAUUUUGGAAACUUCCUCUCCGUCGCUCCUCAAACCAGCAUCUACGAGGCUAUAGCUUGCCGCAAGUAUUAUGAAACGCACGAACCAGGCCAAUAUCGAUUGUUAGAAGACAUUCCAGAGGACAAGUGUAAAAUCCCACCGGUGCAGGGCGAACUAGCCUUCGUGCAAGGAUUGCAGAUCAGUUUCGAAGCGCUCCCCAGCAUUUUACUCUCUAUUCCGUACGGCCGUCUCGCGGACAACGUUAAAUACGGAAGGAAAUUUGUCCUUUCCCUAGCGGUGGUUGGCCUUCUGUUGGGUCAAUUUUGGGUACUUUUGGUAUGCUGGUUCUCUCGGGUCAUGUCUCUGCGGGCAGUGUGGCUGGGGUCAGCAGCUCUCUUCAUAGGGGGUGGAGCUGGCGUGGCAUUAGCCAUGUUGAUGACAAUGAUGACGGAUGUUGUUGAGGCUGGAUAUAGAUAG